AUGUCCGGUCUCAAAAACUCGCCCUUUGGCAAGCGACUCCGCGCAACACAUCAAGACAACGAAGAAGACGGUCCACGAAGAAACAGACAACGCGUAAAUCCAAUUUUCUAUACAGCAACACCACCAACAACAAAGGACGCGACUCCAGAGUCACCUGCUGCAACCCGCGACAUGUACGGCGAUAGAUUUGUUCCUUCUCGGGAUACUGGCGAUAUGCGCACAACCUAUCACCUUAUGGAUGAAAGCGGCCCUUCUACUCCUUCAAAAAAUAGGAUUAUACCAACAGAAUCAGAUGCUUUAAAGGGUCAGUCAUCCUUUGAGCUUAACUCUCUUGCUUCUCACUCGUUUUACAGAACAAGCCAACGCAAUAUUCACUUCUAUCCUCCACACCGAACACACCCACACGCAAACGCAUCUUCCACUACACCUCACCCGCCACAUCCGCAAACCCCUAGCACACCCACCCGCCGACUCGACACCCCAACAGACGAGGCUUACUCCAUGAGCCCCGUCCGCGCAGAGUCUCGUCAACUACUCGAGUCCCCCCGCAGACAGCUACGCAGCGUUUGCAAAACACCCUAUCCGCACGAUUUUUACCUCAAUCUCGUGGAUUGGAGCAGUACGAACGUACUCGGUGUGGGACUGGGAAGCUGUGUAUACCUAUGGACAGCACACAAUGCAGCAGUGUCGAAACUAUGCGAUCUAGCAGGUUCGAAUGACACCGUCAGCUCCGUAUCAUGGGUCCAAAAGGGCACAAUGCUCGCUAUCGGAACGCUCUCAGGCAGAAUGCACAUCUACGACGCUAACACGCUACAAGUCCAACGCUCAUAUAACAACGCCCAUUCACAACGCAUCGGUGCCCUCGCUUGGAAUACGCAUGUGCUUUCCUCAGGAUCGCGCGAUCGUAUGGUUCACCAUCGGGACGUACGAGACCCCUCCUUACGUCCGUUUAAGCGGUGCGCAGGGCACAGACAGGAGGUGUGUGGGCUGAAAUGGGCACGGGAUGGGGGACCGUUAGCAAGUGGGGGGAACGACAACAAGGUCUGUAUAUGGGAUCUACGAGGGUCCAAACGCUGCUUCUGCAUCUGGGUCAGGAUCAGGAGGUGCUGGGGAAGACGCAGGAGGAGGAGUGGAGGUGGAGAUUCACCGCUUUGGAAAUUCCACGAGCAUACAGCAGCUGUCAAAGCACUCGCAUGGGAUCCACACGUAUCCGGGGUGCUAGCAACAGGCGGGGGUACGCAGGAUAAACAUAUUCGGUUCUGGAAUACCUUCAAUGGGACUAUGCUCAGCGAACUCGAUACCGGGAGUCAGGUCUGCAACCUCAUAUGGUCCCUAACAUCCCACGAACUCAUCUGCAUCUGGAAAUACCCGAAUCUCAACAUGGUAGCAAGCCUGACGGGACAUACCCAUCGAGUCCUAUACCUCGCGAUGAGUCCGGAUGGUGAGACGAUUGUGACGGGUGCUGGAGAUGAGACGUUACGGUUCUGGAAUGCGUUUCCGAAGAAGGAGGGAGGGGAAAGGAGGGAGACGAGGUUGGAUUAUGGGAGGCUUAUAAGGUGA